UUCCGCUUCAAGGCAACGCCCAAAGAGUUUUCUGUCGCCAAUGACGACUGGUCAGUGCGACUUCCCAGCGAGUAGGGCAUCCGUUGUGUUCAGUGUUGUGGCUUACGGUACUUGUUCGAGUUUAGCAAUCGUGACGAAUAAGGUGGCCAUCCAUCGUGUUCCAUUGCCAGGUUCAAUUUUCUGUUUGCAGUUGGCUGCGACAGUGAGUUUUAUUGGUGGUUGCGGAUCGCCCUGCGCUCUUCCAGACUGAUUGAAGUUGACGCGGUGACCUGGAGCACCAUCAAGACUUUCAUCCCGUACGUCUGUUCGUUCAACCUCUCGCUGUAUUCCAACGGGAGGGCCCUGGCUGCCUCGAACGUCGAAACCGUGAUUGUCUUUCGCUCCCUGUCGCCGCUGUGCGUGAGCGUGUUGGACUGGAUGCUCUUGGGCAGAGAGUUGCCGUCGAUGCGGUCGUGGCUGGUCCUGUUGGGCUUGGUCGUGGGCGUCAUCGGCUACGUCAGUGCCGACAGCGAGUUCGGCGUGAUGGGGAUCUCGGCAUACAAGUGGGUCUGUUUGAACCUUGCCGGCAUCGUCUUCGAAAUGACGUACGGUAAAAAGCUUAUCUCAGGAGUGCAGUUCAAGUCCCCUGUCUGGGGCGCGACCUUCUACACGAACGCGCUCGCGCUACUACCCAUGAUAGCUACUGCCAUCUCUACUGGAGAGGUAGACAGGGUCACGAGCACGGAGAUUGAUCUCGUGUCCGCUUGCUGGCUUGUCGUUUCGUGCAUAAUAGGCUUGGGCAUCAGCUGGUCAGGGUGGAACUGCCGGUCAAAGGUGUCGGCCACGGCCUACACGUUGUUGGGGGUUGUGUGCAAAUUGGUCAGCGUCCUCCUGAACGUCUUGAUUUGGGACAAGCACGCAUCGCCGAAGGGCCUGUUCUUUCUGUUGGUUUGCCUCGCCUGCAGUGCGGCUUAUGAGCAGGCGCCGCUGCGGAAGGAGGUGAGCGCGACGCCGCCUGUGGAGGCCGGGGAGGAGGAGGUGAUCGGCUGUGGGUGUGAAGUUGCGUGCGGGGCAGAGGUGGACGGCCUGUCGGUCAGAGGAGGGCGAAUAAUACGAUGAUGCGUGAAAAACAAUAUCUUCC